CUCUCUGUGUGUCUCUCUGCCUCCGACCUGCUCACACUGGGACUGACCGUGCUUUGAACAAUGGCCUUCUACAUGGACAUGAUUGGCUACCAUGACAACAGAGGCAAGUGCGGUGAGUGAGGCGGACACUGAGGGCAAGCAGAAGGCCAGCGGCGCCGAGCCCGAAUUAGAGAACAAACAGAAGCCGGAGGCGGCGGCGGCGGCGUCUGAGCCGGAGGGGGAGCAGUCGAGCAGCCAGAAGGCCCAGGAACAGGCCUCCCAGCCUGGGCCCGCUGACGUCGCUACCUCACCUGAGGAGGAGCAGCUGAAGCCUCGUACCCGGACCUCCGCUGGCAAAGGCCUUUCUCGCCUCUUCUCAUCUUUCCUCAAACGCCGUUCACAGUGCUCUGAGGGUGAGGGGUUUGAGGAAGAGAAAGCCAGGGAGGAAAAGGCAGAUAAGGAGGAAAAAGCUGACAAGACAGAAGAAGAGAAGGUGGAAGAGGUGAAAAGUGAGGACAAGGAAGCUCAAGUAGAAGGUGAGAAAUCUGAGGUCAAAGUAGAGAAAAAGAUAGAAGAAGAACAAAAAGAACAAAAAGAGGAAAAAAAGAAGGAGACAGAAAAAGUUGAGAAGAAGGGCAGUAAAAAGAAAAAGAAAGAGGCCAAGAAGAAAGCUGAGGAGAAGGAAGAGGAGAAAGCGAAAAAGGAUGAGGUGAAAAAUGAAGAGGAAACUGUGAAAAAUAAAGAAGAGCCGACAGAGGAGGAGAAAGAAUUGCAUUCUGCUGAAAAGAAGGAGGAACAAUCAGAGACUAAAGAUGAAGAAAAUAAGCCGACUGCUGAAGUAAAAGACAAGAAGGCAGAGGGCGAAAAGAAAGAAGAGGAAAAGGUUGACAACAAGGUGACAAAGAAAAAAGAAGAAAAGGUAAAGAAGAAGGAAGAGGAAAAAGCCAAGAGGAAAGCAGAAGAGGAAGAAAGAGUGAAGAAGAGAGAGGAAGAGAAAGCAAAGAAGAAAGACGAAGAAAAAGCCAGAGAGGCCGAAAAAGCCAAGAAGAAAGAGGAGGAAAAGGCCAAAAAGAAAGAGGAGGAGAAAGCGAAGGAGGAGAAGACAAAGAAGAGAGAGGAGGAGAAGGCGAAGGAGGAGAAGGCAAAGAAGAAAGACGAGGAGAAACCAAAGGAGGAUUUGAAAAAGAAAGAAGAGGAGAAGGUGAAAGAAGAGGCAAAGAAUAAAGAGGAGGACAAGGAGAAAGAGGAGGAGAAGCCAAAGAAGGAAGAGGAAAAAGGGAAGAAAAAAGAGAAGGGGAAGAACAAAGGGAAGAAGGAGGCGAAAGGAGCAAGCGAGGAGCAGGUGAAAGCUCCGAUUGCUGCUCCAGAGCCGGAGCUCAAAACUGAGCCGGACAUCGAGCAGGCUCCUGAUCAGCACUCGAUCAGCAGCGGAGAGACGCAGCCAGCUCAGGAGGAACACAAGGAAAAAGCAGCAACAAAGAAGGAGCCUGAAGCGGUGGAAGAAGUGAAGGAAGAGGACGCGGAAAAGAAGGAGGAGGAACCAGCGGAACAGGAGAAAGAAGUUAAAAAAGGCGAGGAAAAGGCAACAGAAGCGAAGAAGGAGAAGCCUGCAAAAGAGAAGAAAACAGAGAAGAAGACUGAAGAAGCUAAAGGCCCCAAACGUCAGAAAACCAUGCAAUGCAAAGUCACCUUACUGGACGACACUCAGUUUGAGUGUGAGCUUGAUAAACAUGCUAAAGGCCAGGAACUUUUGACAAAAGUGUACGACCAUGUCAACCUGCUGGAGAAAGAUUACUUUGGCCUGGGACACUGGGAAACUCCAACCAACAAGACAUGGCUGGAACCCGCAAAAGAGAUCAGGAAGCAGGUUUCAGGUGCUGUCUAUGAGUUUACAUUCAACGUGAAGUUCUACCCUCCUGAUCCAGCACAGCUUACUGAAGACCUCACCAGGUAUUUUCUAUGUCUCCAGCUGAGGAAGGACAUCAUGCGCGGAGUUCUUCCCUGCUCUUUUGUCACACUGUCCUUGCUUGGCUCCUACGCGGCCCAGUCAGAGCUCGGGGAGUAUGACCCAGAGCUUCAUGGAGCAGACUAUGUUAAAGAUCUGAGUCUGGCCCCUGGACAGAGCAAAGAGUUGGAGGAAAAAGUGAUGGAGCUGCACCGCACAUACAGGUCAAUGAGCCCUGCCCAGGCAGACAUGUUGUUUCUUGAAAAUGCCAAGAAACUCGCCAUGUAUGGAGUUGACCUGCACCAAGCCAAGGAUCUGGACGGUGUCGACAUUACACUGGGGGUUUGCUCCAGUGGUCUGAUGGUUUACAAGGACAAGCUGAGGAUCAACCGUUUCCCUUGGCCCAAAGUGCUGAAGAUCUCUUAUAAACGCAGCAGCUUCUUUAUCAAGAUCCGGCCGUCAGAGCAGGAGCAGUACGAAAGCACAAUCGGUUUUAAACUGCCCAACUACAAAGCCUCAAAGAAGCUGUGGAAAGUCUGUGUUGAAAACCACACGUUCUUCAGGGUUUCAACAGUGGAGCCUCCCUCAUCACGUCGCUUCCUCGUCUUAGGCUCAAAGUUCCGGUACAGCGGGCGCACACAGGCCCAGACCCGCCAGGCGAGCUCCAUGAUCGACCGCCCAGCCCCUCGCUUCACACGCUCGGCGAGCAAGAGGCUGUCGCGUAACCUAGAUGGAGUAAUGAUCACGCAAAGGGGUACCCGUCCUGUCAGCGCUCCGGUCUUCUCCCAGGCUGCUCUGGCCGAGGCAGGGAUCCCCAUGGCCCCCCUUGAGCAGCCCCAGACCUCCACUCCUAUCAAAACCAGCCGCCAGGAGGAGAGAAAGCUGGAGGUCACUGUAGAAACCGUGGAGCCCUCAAAGAUUGAGGACGUUACUGAGGACAAGCCAGCAGUGUGGAGGGACCAGGGAGAAGUAAACUCUUCACUGAUAUCCACCAUCAAUGGGGACAUUCAGCACGAGUCAGAGGUCACAAGCACGGAGGUGGUGCGAAUGCGAAAGAAAAGAGCAAAGAAAAUUGAGAGUGACUCAAUUUAUAUCAGACAUAGCCUUUUAAUGUUGGAGGAGUUCGAUAAGCCUCAGGAGGACCUGAUCAGGCAUCACGCCAGUAUCAGUAAGCUAAAGAAGAACUUCAUGGAAGCUGUCCCGGACCCCAGGCCCAGUGAGUGGGACAAGCGCCUGUCCACACACUCUCCGUUCCGCACCCUGGGUAUCAAUGGUCAACCUCUGCCCAGUGCAGAUGGGAGUGUGUGCAUUAGUUCCCAUUGCAAUGGUUCAGAGACAGAGGCUGCGUGUGAGGAAACCAGCAGCAGUUUGGGCUCAUCAGGCGUACCCAGGCCCGCUGUGUGCCUCAAGACAGAGCCUGAUAGAGUCGAGGCCCACGGUGCUCCUGUUGAGGAAGAGUUUUGUGAUCAAGAUGGUGUUGUAGUUUUUGAAACUUCAUUGGUGCCCAUCGUAGAGGUGGAGAUGGCACAGUUGCCUGCCUCCCUUGAGCUCGACCGUAAAUCUUUAGAUGAGACCCAGGAGGAAGAAGAAUCAUGUCCUGCAGUGUCGGAGCGCUCUGGGAGGAGCGAUGGUCCACAGGUCAUACGCUGCUUCCAGCCCCCUCUGGUGCAGACCCAGACAGUCACCAUCACGGCUGCCUCCAACUCCUCACCCACUGGCAUCUCCACCACAGAGGUCCCUAUCGUCCCAACCAAGACCAUCACCUAUGAGUCUUCAAAGGUGACAGUUGAUGGGACAGACGAGGACAAAGACAGCACAACUGUGUCCAGCUCCCAGACCUCAGAGACCACUAGUGGCACCACGGUCACCACCACUACCACUCACAUCUCAAAGGUAGUGAAAGGUGGAUCCUCAGAGACUCGUGUGGAGAAGAGGAUUGUCAUAACUGCAGACUCUGACAUUGAGCCAGAGAAGGAGAAACAUGGCGGAGCAUCAGCAUUGUAACCGAAUCACCACUUUCAUUUAUUUCUUCAACUCUCCACCUCCGCUACCCCGUCAUUGGAGUGCAGUGAGCAGCACUCACUGACCAGCUCGAUCUCCGCACACAAAUAUCCAAAAAGAAAUAUCUCACACAUCUGCAACUAAAUGUAUUAAUAACCUGAGUAGAUAAAAUGUCGAUUUGAUUUUAUUUCCCAGUCGAGCUGUUCAUUGUAGGUAGAAGGCGGCAGCACAGGUUUUCAGUUUUUAUUAAAUGCUUAUCCUGGUGUUCGAACAAUAAGCUUAGCAAAUACACUUUUAUUGGUUGAAAGACAGCAUUUUCAGUUAUGUUUGCUUUUAAAUGCUUUUAUUUUCCUAGUUGUUUUUAAAUUGUUAAUUUUAUACAAAUGCACUGUCUUCGUGCUAGUUUAGACACAGUUUUCAGCAUUUAUCCCCUUGGUGCUGCGAGGGAACGUUAAGACUACAUUCAAGGUAACUCUUGUUGCUUGCUUGUCUAUUUAAUUCAGGAGAGAGCUUUUUUUUUUCUAAUGAAAUGACAUACCUCACAUUAAUAUGUGAACAAAGAUAUUCUGUGCUUUGGACAGUUUGUUCACUUAGUUCACUGCUCAGGUACGAAAACGAAAACCUAAAAUCUUUUUUUUUCCCAAACCAGCAAAGGAACCGGUAGCCUACGUGUCAUUGUAAAGUUUGAAUUACAAAUUGAUCUAUUUUGAAAUAUUUCUCUAUUUUAUAGAAUUGAUGCUUUUAUAGUAUUUGUACAAAUCCAGGUUUUUAAGUUAUUCAUAUCCAUCUUCUCAUGAAAUUGUAGGUUGCCAAUGUGCUGUUCAAAUCUUAAGUCUUGCCUGAUGCCCUGAAUCAUUCUUAUUCGUUUCCUCUUGUAUUCCACCAAGUUUAUCAAACCUUUCACAAUUUACUUAUGACAAUGGAGUGCUUCCCUCAGCCCUGUUUUAUUCAAUAGCAUAGAAGUCAAAAUUGCUUUCAAUAUAUUUGGUUGAUUUAAAAAAAAAAUUAAAAAAAAAAAGUUUUUCAAGCUGCGGUCUGUUUAUCUCAGGUUUUGAUAUUCUUUGUAAGACUACAGACCUCCAUGACUGUAUGUGAAAUGUCCAUAUAUGUAUAUCCAUCCCUAUUACCCUACAUUAAUGUACAUUUAUGUUCAGCUGAGUGAGGUCAAUUAAUAUAAAAGCUUGUCUGUCACAGCAAACACAUGUAUAAGAGGUGAAGGCAGCUCUCCCUGUAUAUGUGGCUUUUCUCUCAUAGGAGCACAAGUUGUCUUUUUUACAUGUUCUACUAUACAGUAAUUUAUUUGUAAAGUAGGAAAUGUUUCAUGUGAGUUGAUGUACUGUGAUGUUUCAACACAAGCUGGUUUCCACUGAAGAUGUCACAAUGUUAAAUAUUCUAUUCAUUAUCAACCAAGUUUGUAAAAGCCUUUUUACCAUAUAGUCUUAGUAGGUUUGCUCUCUCACUUGCUGUUUUCCUGGAUCUUUCCAUAGAGGUGGAAAUAAUUUCAAAAUAUACGGAUCCCUUUUUAGAUAGAAUAUUUGUUAGCAAACUUUUUUUUUACCCAAAAAAGAAGUCAUUGGUAUUGUAGUUACAUGGACAACAACAGCAAAAUCCCCUGGAAGAAAUUGUAGAAUUCCACUUGAAGAAAAUUAGUUUUUAGACGAUGGAAAAUAUUGUUGCUUUGUGACUUAUCCGUCUUUUUAUGAAAAAAAUAAAAUACGCAUUAUUUUGCA